AGUCAGGGAGUCACCCCUCACCCUGCUGCUGCACCGUUGCGGCGUUGAAGUCGAGGGUCGGUGCUUAUCCGGCGGCGCUGGAUCGCAGAGCCGCCACCGCCACAUCGCAGCGCGAAAAUCAUGUCCGUCGUCUACGGCCGCUUCGCUUUCCCUGUCCUUUCGUCCUUCCCCCUCCGCAACUCGUUCCUCCGCCGCCGCGCCCUCACCCGCCUCCUCUACUUCACCAGCGGGGCUGCUCCAGCCGACUCCGCCAAGCAGACCGCAAGAGCCGCAACACUCUCGCCUGGAAAUAACUCCCUUUCCCCAACUCCGCUCUCCUCCAACCUCGCCGUCUCCUCUGUCGAAUCCCUCACUGCCCACCAGAAGGACCAGAUCUCUCUAUACGUCCGCACCCUGCUCCAAUGGAAUGAGAAAAUGAACCUGACGGCGGUGACCGAGGAGAGCGAAGUGAUGACAAGGCACGUUGAGGACUCGCUAGCUAUCCUGCCGCCUCUGCAGCGAUCUUACCUAUCUCAUUGUGCAAAAUCAACUUCUUUGGAGGGGCUCAAUGUUGUCGAUGUCGGUUCUGGUGCAGGCUUACCUGGAAUGAUACUUGCCAUUGCCUGUCCUAUUCACAUAGGUUGGAAAUUCACUCUUUUAGAGUCAAUGAAGAAAAGAUGUUAUUUUUUGGAGCACAUCGUGACUCUUAUAGGCCUGUCAAAUGUGCAGAUUUUAUGUGAAAGAGCAGAGAGCGUUGGGCAGUGUGCUGAUUUCAGGGAGUUAUUUGAUGUAGCAGUGGCAAGAGCUGUUGCAGAAAUGAGAAUUUUGGCUGAGUACUGUCUUCCAUUGGUUCGUGUUGGUGGCUUGUUUGUUGCUGCAAAAGGUGCAGAUCCUCAGGAAGAAGUGAAAAGAGCUGAGAAUUCAAUUCAGUUGUUGGGUGCUUCGAUCCUAGAGUUGUGCACAGUGGAGUCACAUAGCCCAAAAGGACAACGAACUAGCGUGAUCUGUGUGAAAGACCGUGCAACUCCGAGAAAGUAUCCUCGUCAAGUUGGUACUCCAGCAAAAUUGCCGUUAUGACUUUAUGAGCAGUUGGAUCUCUUAACAUUUAUGUAGAUGAAAGUCACAUGAAGCAAAUCAUAGAGCGAAUGACGAGACUGUUAAAAUUUCUUGCAAGAUUUUGCCAAGUAACUCUGCCUUGGAUGACAUCAAAAGAACAACUUCUGCCCGCUUUGAUUGAUCAACUACCUGCAGUCACUUGCACAAUUUGGCUUCUUUAUGGUUGACUGUGAAACAGGCCACUGGGUGGCUUAUAGAAUAUUCUAAUUCAAUUAUAUCUUUAUUAGUCAGCAAUUGACUUUGGCAUGGCAUUUGUAGUUCAAAUGUGUGUUUAAAAAUACAACUGUGAUGAAAAAUUAUAAUCGUUA